AUGGCCACGGAGCUGCUCGAGUCCUGCAGCAACGAGGAGCUCUGCGAGGCUCUGGGAGGCAGCGACCGGCAACUAUCGGAGCUGCGCGACAAGUUGCGACAAUGGCUCGAGCUACAGCCCCAUCUGCCCCAAGACAUGGAGGAGCGGAGAUUGGAGUACUUUGUAAUUAGUACGAAGCAGAGUCUCGAGUUGGCCAAACAGAAGCUCGACAUGUACUACACGGUCAGGCAACUCGUGCCCGAGCUUUUUGCCGACAGGGAUCCCCUCGCCCAAUCGGUCACGAGUCUCUACGAAACCCUCCAGUGGGUCUGUUUACCGAAACUCACGCCGGAAAAAUACAGAGUCUCGAUCCUGCGCUCGCUCAACGAGGACGCCGCCAAAUUCCAGCCCUGGGAUCUGUUCAAGUACACCUUUAUGGUGGGUGACGUCCGCAUCUCCGAGUGCCGCAGCCUCGGGGACAUUUACAUUUACGAUCUCUCGGCGAUGCGACUCGGCCAUCUCGCCAAACUCACCCCGGCUAUACUAAAGAAGUGCGAGAAAGCCUACGGCGCGAGGAUAAAGGGUCUCCACUUCAUCAACGCCCCGAGUUUCAUCGACCACAUAGUCACGCUCGUCAAAUCCGCCAUCAAGCCCAAACUAGCCGCAAGGAUACACGUCCACUCGUCGGGUAUCGAGUCUUUGUACGAGCACGUGCCAAAGUCGGUACUGCCCGUGGAUUACGGUGGCGAGCAGCCGUCGAUGGACGAAUUAGAUGAAAAAUGGCGGCAAAAGUUGUCGGAGUGGCGCAAUUGGUUUUUGAAGGAGGAAAAGGUGACCGUGGACGAGUCGCUCCGGCCCGGCCCGACAAUCGACCUCGACGAGCUCUUCGGCAUCCACGGCUCCUUCAGAAAAUUGGAAGUCGAUUGA